AGGUUGUUUUUAUUCUGCGCGUGUAGUAAAUGGAGAAAGGUUGCUGGAUAGGAGUGGGCUUAUAGAGCCGUGUAUUUCAGCGCCCGGAGGGCAGGUUCUUUCAUUCUACAGACGCAGGGGAGAUUGCACGGGCCUUCGCACCGCCCCGAGCCCUGCGCUUUGCUUAUCUGUGAAGAUGCUCGAGCCGGCUAUUUCGUGCGGCCUAUUGGUGUGUGGGCAGACUGAGUUGGGCCGGCGGCCUGGGCCUUCAGAAGGGCAACACGACGUCCUUUUCUCCCUGUGUGCAGAGCCUGUUACAGACAGGAAUGGGGGGAUGCCCAGCUCUCCGUGAGGACAUUCCAUAUUAGAUGGGUGAUGAUGGCACAGGAAAAUGGCGCUGCUUGGGACAAGGAGAUGCCCAGUGUUUACACAAAUCUAUCCUUUUCAUUAAAGGGUUCUGUACAUUACCAGAGGAUUCUCACACCACUCUGUGGUAGUUAUGACAAGGAGCUGAAAUUCAUAAAGUGCCAGUAUAAAGAAGAACCCAUGAUUCCUAUUUGUCCAGUUGUAUCUUUUACCUAUGUGCCCAGCCGGCUUGGUGAAGAAGCCAAAAUGGCUACUGGCAACUACUUUGGAUUUACCCAUGGUGCAGCUGCUCAGUAUAGCCAACAGCCAGCAUCUGGUGUAGCCUAUUCUCAUCCUACAACUGUGGCAAGUUAUACUGUCCAUCAGGCUCCAGUUGCUGCUCACACAGUUACAGCAGCGUACGCCCCAGCAGUUGGAACUGUUGCAGUUGCACGUCCAGCCCCUGUGGCUGUGGCAGCUGCUGCUAACGCGGCUGCUUAUGGCGGUUACCCUGCAGCCCACACAGCGACAGAUUAUGGCUACACACACAGGCAGCAGGAAGCCCCACCACCGCCCCCUCCUGUCACAACGCAGAACUACCAGGAUUCUUAUUCUUAUGUCCGCUCCACUGCACCUGCCGUAGCCUACGACAGUAAACAGUAUUACCAACAACCUACUGCUACUGUACCUACUGUAGCUCAACCGCAGCCUGCAGUGGCAGAAACGUAUUAUCAGACCGUUCCUAUCGCCUUGUCUCUUCCAGUUGCUCCCAAGGCUGGCUACAGCCAGGGUGCUGCACAAUAUACCCAAGCGCAACAAACACGACAAGUGACUGCCAUCAAACCAGCCAAUCCAAGCCCUGCCACAACAACAUUCUCUCUCUAUCCUGUGUCCUCCUCUGGGCAACCAGUAGCGGCUGCAGCCAGCGUAGUCCCCUCUUACACACAAGGUGCUACAUAUAGUACCACUGCUGUGACAUAUUCUGGUGCCGCUUAUUCUGGAUAUGAAGCUGCAGUGUAUUCCGCUGCAUCGUCCUAUUACCAGCAGCAGCAGCAGCAACAACAGAAACAGGCAGCGGCGGCUGCUGCUGCAGCAGCCACUGCAGCAUGGACUGGGACCAACUUUACUAAAAAAGCUCCAUUCCAAAAUAAGCAACUUAAACCGAAGCAACCCCCCAAACCACCACAGAUACAUUAUUGUGAUGUGUGCAAGAUCAGCUGUGCUGGCCCACAGACUUACAAAGAACAUUUGGAAGGUCAAAAGCACAAGAAAAAAGAAGCUGCCUUGAAAGCCUCCCAAAACACAACCAGCAGCAGCAGCAGCAGCGCAGCUGUUCGGGGGACCCAGAAUCAACUCCGAUGUGAACUUUGUGAUGUUUCCUGCACAGGAGCUGAUGCCUAUGCUGCACAUAUAAGAGGAGCUAAACACCAGAAGGUUGUUAAGUUGCACACCAAACUUGGUAAACCCAUUCCAUCGACUGAACCGAAUGUUGUAAGCCAGUCUGUGACUUCCGCAGCAGUCUCUAAACCUUCCGCCACCUCAAGCAGCACAUCAAGUUCUAGCGGGAGCUCCUCUAGUGCCUCCCCUGCUGUUAAGCUGCUCACUUCUAGCUCUUCUCUGAGCACUUCAAGCAGCAGCAAAGUGUCCAGUAUCUCCUCUACAAGCAUUGUGAAGAAAGUAACUACCCCCAAAAUAACUUUUAUUGGUGGAAAUAAACUGCAAUCAACAGGGAAUAAGGUUGAUGACGGCAAAAUGUCGGAAGGCUCAAAAGCAACCCCAAGUCCUGCAGCACAAACACAAGAAGUGAAGAUUGAUCCAAUGUCUGAAGCUGCUCAGACUCUUGCAGCCUUACAGAGCGAUGUGCAGCCUGUAGGCCAUGAUUAUGUUGAAGAGGUUCGGAAUGAUGAAGGAAAAGUUAUCCGCUUUCACUGCAAGCUUUGCGAGUGUAGCUUUAAUGACCCGAAUGCAAAAGAAAUGCAUCUAAAAGGAAGGAGGCACAGGCUUCAGUACAAGAAAAAAGUAAAUCCAGAGUUACAAGUGGAAGUAAAGCCCAGCAUCCGAGCAAGAAAGAUCCAGGAGGAGAAGAUGCGAAAACAGAUGCAAAAAGAAGAAUACUGGCGAAGGCGCGAAGAGGAGGAUCGAUGGCGAAUGGAAAUGAGGCGCUAUGAAGAGGAUAUGUAUUGGAGAAGGAUGGAAGAAGAGCAGCAUCACUGGGAUGAUAGACGCAGAGUGCCUGAAGGAGGUUAUCCACAUGGUCCUCCAGGACCUCCGGGCUUGUUGGGAGUUAGGCCCGGAAUGCCCCCUCAACCUCAAGGACCAACACCUUUACGCAGACCAGACUCCUCUGAUGACCGCUAUGUUAUGACAAAGCAUGCUGCAAUCUACCCAACAGAGGAUGAACUUCAAGCAGUACAAAAAAUAGUGUCCCUCACAGAGCGAGCACUUAAACUUGUGUCAGACUCUAUGGCAGACCAAGACCAAACGAAGACAAAGGAAAGUGAUGACAAGAAGGAGCCUUCUAAGGAGAGAGCCCUAAAAGGAGUCCUGCGUGUUGGAGUACUUGCUAAAGGGUUACUCUUGCGUGGAGAUAGAAAUGUCAGCCUUGUUCUUCUCUGCGCUGAGAAACCAACCAGAGCCCUGCUAAGUCGUAUAUCCGAAAACCUGCCCAAACAGCUUUCAGUUAUAUGCCCAGAGAAGUAUGAAGUUUCCUGCUCUAUCCCAGAAGCAGCCAUUAUUCUGAGUUCUUGUGUGGAGCCCAAAAUGCAAGUUACAAUAACGAUGACCUCUCCCGUUAUAAGAGAAGAAAGCACAAGCGAUGGAGAUGUAACCCCGGGUAUGGUGAAAGACCCACCGGACGUCUUGGACAGGCAAAAAUGCCUUGACGCUCUGGCUGCUCUGCGCCACGCUAAGUGGUUCCAGGCUAGAGCCAAUGGUCUGCAAUCCUGCGUCAUUAUCAUCCGUAUUCUUCGUGAUCUGUGCCAGCGUGUGCCCACGUGGUCUGUCUUUCCAAGUUGGGCUUUGGAGUUAUUAGUUGAAAAGGCUAUAAGCAGCUCUUCAGGACCUCAGAGCCCAGGGGAUGCUCUGAGGAGAGUUUUCGAGUGUGUAUCAUCGGGCAUUAUUUUGAAAGGGGGUCCUGGCCUGCUCGAUCCAUGUGAAAAAAAUCCGUAUGACACCCUAGCAACAAUGUCUGACCAACAAAGGGAAGAUAUCACGUCCAGUGCACAGUUUGCACUGAGGUUGCUCGCGUUCCGUCAGAUAUACAAAGUUCUUGGCAUGGACCCGCUGUCUCAGAUGAACCAGCGCUUCAACGUUCACAACAAUCGCAAGCGAAGGCGAGACAGCGAUGGCGUGGACAGCUUUGAAGCGGAAGGGAAGAAAGACAAGAAGGAUUAUGAAAACUUCUAAAGACUCUUUCUGUCUGUUCUGUGAAGUACAUACAAGAAUUCUACAUUUCCACAUAACUGCGCGUUCCAUAAGGUCUUGUUAGCAAGGUAAUUAAAGGGGAACUAUUGUGAAAAUGAAAAUUUAAUAUAAGCUUCAUCAUACUGAAAUAAGAAACAUUUUAAAUACAAUCAAUUAUUGUCAAUUAUAUUCUGCAUUGUUUCUGAAAUAAUCAA